CAAGUACUGAGUUUUUGGCGCCAAGGCUCCAAGCGUCUCCAUCAACUCCAUUCCUCCAUUAAAUUCACAACGUUCGGAUAAUGUGGGCCUGACCCGACCUCGUACCAGCGAAGAGAUGAUUACCAUUUGGAUCUCCCAUUGUAUCUUUCCGAAUUUUCUCACUGGUUCAAAGUGUCCUUGAUUGAUUUUGAACGAUCUAUUCUAGCGCAAAUAAAUAGCGUGACAAGCAUGUUUAAAUAGGUUGUCGAUCAACUAACUCCAUCCUCCAGAGGUGUCAACUCCAACCAAUUAUCAGCCCAUCCAGCUUGAACAUAUGCCAAUUCAGUUUGAAGCCCCCUGAAAGACAAUCGUGUCGUUCCAUCGUGACUUGCAAUACUCCACAUUAAUUACCUCUCGCAACCUCACGCUUAAUAUUUAUCGAGCACCGAAUCUCAAGACAUAACACAGUUAAGAACAAGAAAACAGACUCCUCUUUGAAGAACCAAGACGGCAUACAGAGUUUAGGACGAACCCUGCGGAAAUUCAUUUGCAUCAUCAUCAUCCAAUCCGCCGAUUCAGUUCCUCCCCUCGAGAGCUGCGACAAUCCAUUGUCGUCACAAGGUAUUCCGGAAGAAACAUCCACAUCAAGAUCAGACGCAAACGUAGAUUUUCAAUCAUUUGGAGGAGGACUUCGCCGUCUCCGCCUGCUUUGUCGAACAAGUUGAUAAGUUCCGGGUCAGCAUAAUAGAAGACGGACCGUCAGUCUCCCUGUGCAUCUUGUCGGAUCUUCAUACUUACAAACCUUGGAAGGAAAAAAAAAGUGUAACAGAAUGACGGAUUUAUGCUUGAAGCCUUCAAAUUCAAUCAUCGAUUCUAUUUCAACUUUCGGUCAAAAGAAAAUCAUCAGUAGGAAGACGUUGGUUUUGGGAGAUGAAUCAAUUGGAAAAACCUCAUUACUGCACGUUUAUGCAAGGGAUCAUUUCCCACAGGUUUUUGAGCCUACUGUCGUCGAGAAUCAUACAAUAGAUGUUUUGGUGGGCGAUCAAGUUGUUGAGCUAUCUCUAUGGGACAAUGUUGAUUUGUCAGGACAAGAUGAAAUUGGAAAAGCGGGACCUUCAUCUUAUGCCAACGUACAUGUGAUCUUGUUAUGCUUCUCCGUAGACAAACCGAAUUCGCUCACAAGUACAGAAAAUAAGUGGCUAGAUCAAAUAAUUGAGCGAUGCCCUGGUGUUAAGAUAUGCUUGGCUGCAUUAAAAUGUGAUCUACGAGAUGACCCCGAAACACGAGCUCAUUUGGCAAAACAAAAUCAAAGGCCCGUCGAUUACGAAGAAGGUCUCGCAACCGCAAGGAGGAUCAGAGCCUCUCGAUACCUAGAAUGCUCCGCCAGACAGAACCGCGGAGUCUCCGAAGCCUUUCUGGAAGUUGCUAAAGUUUCCAUUAGCACGAAGUCCACUUCAGUUUACAAUCUGAUCAGACCCGGCUAUCGGUAUUUCAAGAGGGACAGAAGUUCGUCUCGUUCUUGUCUGAUUACUUGAAGCAGCUCUGGCUUUGUAUCUCACCUGUGCAUGAAAGUACAUCGUUCCAUGAAAAAUAUUUUUUUUUAAAAAAACUUGCUUAUUUUGUUCAUCAAUUGUCAUCAAGCAUCCGUUUUAAUUCAAGUGCGUUAUUUUUCUUCGAAUUCUGAAUCACUCUGUCAGAUCCAAGAACGGACAAGUACAUUCAAAUAUAAUACGUGCAGUGUAUUUAUUGUGGACCUCCCUUAUUGUUGAAAAAAAUCAUGCUCCCUGUUCUAGCUCUAAUUGUAUGUGUUACAAACGCGGGCAUGUACGUUUUUUGGUGAGACUAAAACCAAUUUGUAGCACUAUCACUCUGACUCCUUUGAAAUUAUCAGCUUUAUCAUCUUUGUUUGCAUGCCA